UCAGCUUCCCCGAUUGACUCGCGCCAUUAUGGACAAUUACUCUGCCGUCGCACCUCCUCACGCAAAUAAUCCUGUAGACACACAAACAGCUUUUGCUGAUGCUGUAGCUCGUGCUAGACAGAUCGCCGAGAAACUUCAACAGCCAUCUGGUAAUCAACAACCUCCACAGAGUCAGCCACCUGUGGAACUUUUGGGACCACAAGGUUUAAAAAGACCGUAUGACGACCCCCUUGAAACUGGUCACCAUCAGGAAGGGAGUCUUAGUCAAAGGGGACCGAUGGAGCCGAGACGGGCGUACGGUGGUGGGCCCGAUGCCAAGAAAUUAGCAGCCAUAAACGAUCCUAUCGGUGCACAAAUAAGAGCCAUGCAGGAACAACAGAGGUCAUACCAGUCACAGGCGGCUCAGCAGCUGGCCCACGAUAAAGCUCAGCAGCUGAACCAGAAGAUCCACGCCAUGCCAGCCCAGCGACCGCCCCUUCUACCAGAGCAACAGGCUGGCUCUUCCCAUACAGAUGAAAUGACUAUCCCUAACAGAAUGGUGGGACUAAUCAUUGGGAAAAACGGAGAAACUAUUACCAAACUCCAGGCAGAUUCUGGGUGCAAGGUUCAGAUAGCACAGGAGGAGUGUGGUCAUGAGCGACCAUGCACAUUGUCUGGAGAACCUCACCAAAUCCUCAAAGCAAAACAGUUAAUACAAGAAAUUGUGGAAACGGGCCGCUCCGCUGGUGCCACUGUGGGUGAAAAUGAAACUCAAAUAGAAAUGAUGAUUCCCGGCACAAAAGUUGGUCUCAUCAUCGGCAAAUCGGGAGAAACAAUAAAGCAGUUACAGGCCAACCAUCUUGUCCGUAUGGUGAUGAUCCAAGAUAGCAAAGAUCAAACGAAUGUUCCGAAACCUUUACGAAUAACAGGAGAGAAAACUAGGUGCCUAAAAGCACAACAGGCAGUCUCCGAGCUGUUAGAACAGAAGGAAAGUGAGAUUCCGGAUAUGGGUAGACGGAACGAUGACAUGGAGGGACAUAUGUCUUCAAAGUCUGGCGGCAUUCAUCGGAUUCCGGACGUGUUCCAGAGCAUGCAGUCGGGCAUGUUCGGCGGUGGGAAUGGAAAUGACUACGGGGGAAGAGGCGAUGGUGGUAAAGCACACAAAAAGGACGUGAUUAAAAUUCCAAAAGGCGUCGUCGGUCAUGUGAUCGGACGUGGCGGAGAGACGAUAAAGGAGAUCCAGGCUGCCACCGGCACGAGGGUUCAGUUCCAGAAGGAUGACCAGGACGAUCACACGUGUCACGAACGGGCUUGUCAUAUAAGCGGCUCCCCUGAAUCUGUGAAGGCAGCCAUUGAAAAAAUCUACGACACUAUUAGGGAUUCUGAGAAUCGCCGAGGUGGUGGCAGGGACAACCACGGAGGCGGCGGAGGAAUGGGACAUUUCCAUGAUGGCAAUCGGCGCGGCGGAUCAGGGAACGGCUGCGACGAAGAAGAACACCACUUUCAUGUACCUGGCGAGAAGUGUGGUUUAGUUAUUGGAAAGGGCGGAGAAAAUAUUCGAAAUAUUAUUUCAGCAUGUGGAGCACACGUGGAAUUGCAGAAAAAUUGUCCGCCUGGUGCUCAUACUAAGGCGUUCGUUAUUCGUGGUCAGUCACAUCAGAUCCAGAAAGCAAUCCUUGAGAUUUGUCGGAAAGCUAACAUUGAUCCUCCUCCAAUGCCUUCUGGUGGUCCGCCUGGAGGUCCUGGUGGCCCUAGUAUGGAUGGUAGUCCAGGCAUGGGUGGACCUGGAGGCCCAGGUGGUCCCCCUGGUGGUUAUGAGAAUAUGGGAAAUCAUGGCCAUGGUCACGGUCAGCAACAACAACAACAACAGCCGCCACAUCCAUCCAGCUAUAACCAACCCCAAGGGUGGCAGAACGCCUACGGCGGGGGUGGUGGCGGCAGUGGUGGUGGAGGUGGAGGUGGUUCAAACUGGGGACAACCACAACAGCAGCAACCUCCUCAACAGCCACCACAGCAACAACAACAACAACCACCAAGCAGCGGAAGCAUGCCAGUGGUUGAACCAUGUGAGUGGAAAAAAAACUCGGCGGAUCGAUCGUUCAACCCUGUCACAGGGCAGCGAGACUACAGUGCUGCUUGGGCCGAAUACUACAAAGUACAAGGCUGGGGUCCGUACAUCGACCAGAUCUUACAACAAGCCCAGACCGGUGGUUGCCCAUCAGGACCGAUGGGUGGCGCGCCUUCAGCCGGAGCCCCACAGCAGCCCAACCCCCAGUCAGCCGGUGCCAUGCAGGGCCAGCCUGGCAACCCCCCACAACAGUCGGCACCGAGUCAGUACGGCCAGCAACAGCAGUACACGAGUUACCCUGGUUAUAACUCACAACAGCAGAGCCAAGGACAGUAUGGUGGACAUGGGGGCCAGCAGUAUGGGCAGUAUGGACAGUACGGACAAUAAACCCAAGGUAUUUCAUUGUGAUAAUCGCCCAACUUAUAUUAUUUGAUGCCACUUACCCGGUAUUAUUAUCAUUUGAAUUGGUGCUAUUAUUAUCCAUGCAACUCUAUUUUAUCAUUGUAUGAACUUGGUGAUAUUACUAUUAUUCUCCGGUGAUAUUUUUCUCAUGCUGUGUUAUCAUAUUCAUCCAGUAUAUUUCACCUUGUUCUGAUCUUGCAAUGCAAUUGUUGAAUUUUUUGGCUGUGUUGCAUUUUGUUAUUAUGCAAUGAAAUAAGCUAGCUGAAACUUGGCGGUCAGCCAGAUCGAGAGUGGGCGUCGGCAGUGGUGAGAGGAAGGGUUGGCGAGGGUUGUACCGUCAUGUCUCACUUCGGCGGUAAGUAUCUCAGCCUUAGGCAAAUGGGGGUAAGUACCCAGUCAACAAGACGAAAUGGUGUCCUGAUUAUAAUUAUGAAAUGCAUGUCUAUUAAUGCACAAUUCCGUUUCAGAGAUUCAAGUUUUCUCCGCGGUCUUCAGUCGAUAUUUUGCUUUUGUCUAUUCUACAGGUGAAGCUCUGAAGAUAAGAUGUUGUGACCAUUCAACUUUGACCCAUUGUAACCACGGUUACAGCCACCUGUAUGACCUUUGACCCAGUGUGUGUCGCAUUGUACAUAAUAAUGGUGCAAGGUUUCGGCCGUUAACGGUUCGUUUGCUUGGUACAUUUUAUGAUAUGAACGUACGUCUUUUAUUUCUGUUUAUUCCUUCGAUAACCUGUUAAGCCUGUUUGUAUUUACGACUAAAUCACAUUCGUGCAGUUUCUGUUGUUGAUAGUUGACCUUUAUUCCAUCACUGCCAUCUCGCUUGUUUUCCCAGAGAUCCUGGAUAUCUUUCACCUCGUGCGGUACUUUAACCUGCAGUAUUCAAGAUUGAUUAGUGAUAAUGGUAUAUGUUGCUGUACUGCAUCGGAAUCGUAUCCUUCAUUUCUGAACAAAGGUUAUCCAAUGAAAUCUUUACAAUGGAUUAAAGGGAAGAUUCCGAAUAAACUGAUUAACUGGAGGUAAAUCGAGACCUUGUCGCGAGGGGGUGAAGGGCAAAAACGCUUUGUGAAAAUAAGUCCUGUUAUUCUGAUUUCAACCUAUCAUAUAAACCGAAUUUUUUUGCCACUUAUCACUUCAACAAAGGUUUCGUUGGGCCAUUGAAGUAGUCACAAAGAUUUACCUACAACAUCAGGCAGCAGGAGCAAUUUGAGCUUUUAUGAAGUGCAAUCGAAUCAUACGAUAAUGUCAUUUUUGUUUGCGUGAGUACCAAUAGGUGGCAGUUAUAACAUAUUUCGAUUGUGUUUGGUUCCCGCGAUUGAUUUCUGUAGUAGUAUCUUAUCGUCUCACUUAUUUCACUAUGAAAUGCUAACCUGUAUAUUAUGCCUGGCUUUCUGAAUAGGGUGAAGCUGGGCACUCGCAAGGGCUGGUUACAUUACGUACUAAGGCCCAACCACAUUGGUAAAACUAAACUGGAAAAACAUGUGCAGGGCAGGAUUUGAAUCUGGAAUUCUUCCCAGCAGUUUUUGUGUUAAAAUGAUAUUUUUAGAGGUCAUCAGAUGAGAAAUGCAUGCAUUACAAUAUGCAGUAGUGUUCGCGCAUUAUUGCAGAAGAACAGCUCUCAUACACAUUGCGUGCAGAUCUCAUACCUGUGGUUAAGCAGCAGAGCCCCUGCUAGCGUUAAAAAGUGGCGGAAAGUUGCUCUGAAAAAAACCAAACGUGUAAGUUGACAAGUGCCCUUGCGAGUGCUCCAGCGACUAAAACCGCAUGCACGUUUUAACAUCAACCGUACUAUUCGCCUUGCCUAUCUAUCGUGGUGGAGAUACAAUCCAUGUUUGUUGUGCUCACCGGCUUAGUUUUGCAGGGAGGAACGUUUCAGUCGCCUUGGCAACAGGGAGGAGGAUUUGAGGAAACCGGGAGGAUAGAACUUCUAGCAAUUUCCUUGAAUUUGGAGACCCCCCUGGUAAAUUCCAGUCGUGAAAUCUGGAAUAUUCAUUGCACCACAUUUUGACAUUACAAAUAAAUACCAAAAAUGUUCCUUUAAAAAAAAUCAAUUUCAAAUAUUAGGCCGUUCUAUUAAAUUCUCAUGCUAAUUUGGACAACACAACAGCUAAACAAAUUUUAUGUGUAUUUUUCUUGAUUAACUGGAAAAAUAUUUCAAAUUUCCUGCACUGGAAUUUCCAGGGUUGUCUUGUGCGAUCUAAGCACCCAUUCUGUGGAUUCCAAUUUUAAAUUCCAGCGCAUUCCACUUUUCAUAUUCUUGAAUGCAUUGAUAGUCGUUAUGAUAUAUCGUGUAGUAUUUAUCUAGAACUUUUCUGCACAAUCUGCUAUUGUUUAUCUUGAAUAACAUUACAAUAACAUGUUCUCUUCCCUUUAAAUACGCAUCCUCUAUAUAUCGUAUGAAUUAUUUUGUCUUUCACAAACAUUUGCGCAUUUGAUAUCAUGAAUUUCAUAACUGAAUAAUAUCAAUGCUAUUGACCUGUUCUAUAUCUGCAAUACAUAUUUUGAUGCCAUUUGCUUUCGUAAAUGAUGUUUAAAUGUUGAAUUUUACUAAUCCACAAUAUUGCUAUGAAAUAUUUGGUGAAUGAAUGCAUAUUUUUUAUCAUUGCAUAUAUUGAACUGCAUUGUCCGGCCAUACAUUAAUGCUCGAUAUAUCAUUUCAUUUUGCUCUACAGUAUACCAUGAUAUAAAUUGCAAUGUUCCUCUGUAAACUAUGUCUCAGUCGUGCUUCUUCCUUCGGAAAAGGUCCCCCAACACACACACAUUUGAAAUGCAUAAGUUUAAACUAGGCUUAUUCCUGGCCAAUUCACAAAUUGCAGCGGGACUUUCCAAAGAGUCCUCCUCAAACCAUUGGAAUCAUACCAUAUUGUGUAAAUAAUUCUCAGCCGGCCGUUAGGUAAAGUAAGGUGGUACAAUUAAGCCCAAGUGCAGUUAUAGCAUGUGCACUACCAGCUGUUUCUGCACUAGAGGGGAUAUAAUUGUCCCACUUUCCCUUACGUUCCUGCCUCUUGUGUCUUUGUGACCUUGACUGCCUGCAAAUUGAUCAUGUUGUGUGAAAUAUGAUUGUCCCUCGCAUUGAGACAAGAGCACAUGAGCCACUUCCCCUCACUAUUGAGCCAAUAUCGUUCUAAAUUGCUUGCAUCUUUUUCCUAACUCUGUAGUUUUACGUUUCUUGUCUUAUCUCACUUUUCUUUGCAAUGUUUUGACAUUUUUCAUUUGCCUGUGAUAUCUACCGAUACUUGAUUGUUUGUCAACUGUUCAUGCGUGAAUGUUGCCAUGACGACAUUGACCCCCCCAUCAUACAUUAUGCUGAAAUUAAUGUUUGAAAAUAUCUCUUGUCAUGUUAUUUUUUGCUCGUGUUGCAUGAAAUCUGCUGGUUAUUGUCGAUCGAAAAAUAUAGGGCAACAAGUUUUACGAAAUCCCAUGCAUUCUCGUGAUUAGAAAAUAUUUGCCAAUUUCGUAAUGUCCUAAAAUAAGUCAAUUGUUUUUCCUGGAUCUUGUAUCUAGCAUGUUAGAAUAGAACAUUCAUAAACUAUUAGGCUAACAAUUUGUCUUUCCAAUCCACCAGUAGGUUAGUUCCUCAGUAAAUCCCAGACCCCCCUGUCCUUUCUUGAUUUGUCAAUCAAGACGCACUUCAGCCGAUUCAACUGUUUUGAAAAUGAGUGUGAUGACGAGAGAAAAAAGUUAACAGUAGUCAUUAAAAAAUAUUACUAAUUCAUUGAAUAUCCUUGUUUGAUGGAGGGGAUAUUUUGAGAUGAGGGAGUCUCUAGUUUACCCUUGAAGUUUAUUUAAAAUGCCCUCUACAUGUAUUUCCGUUCCCCCAAUAGGGUGUCAGCAUUCCCUCUAGGCUGUGCUGGUUUUCACGAGGGUACGCAUCAAAAUGAAGUCAAAACACACACUAAACAACACCGAAAUCCAAUACCCUGGCCUCGUGACACAACUACUCACUUAAAAUGAAAAUUAAUGACGAAAGUUGCCUGUGUGAAGGAAGACAUUUCAGUUAUGCUGCUACCCUAUUGUAUUUUGAAAUUGAUCCAUGUUCUAUCGAGUGAUGUGAGGUUAUUUGGCUGCUGGCUAUCGGCUUGGCAUCCGGAGCAGGUAGGUUAAGUGUACUGCACGGUGUUGGGGAGAUCAUAUCAAAUGUCGCUUAUUCCAUGCCUGUUGAUUUCUAUUUGAGAUAUUAACACUCUCCUCGUUGCUUUCCAUGUUACCAUGGCGACCACAUGUUAGCAUCUAACCUUGCCCGCUACCUUUGUUUUAUUGACAUUUCGUACAAACACUUUCCUUCUCGUAUUGUUAUUAUUCAUGUUACAUCUUGUCCACGGCACAAACCUCUGAUAUGUUUGAAUGUUAUACUGCGUACCAAGCAAACUCGAAACCUUGCCGAUCGUUGUUCUGAAACUCACAUGGCCACUAUAUAUAUUUCAUGUCGCCUGAAUUUAUAUAUAUAUCGUAGUGACUAUCACCCUUGUCAUGUUCUAUCAUUGGUGUAUAACUUACUACUUGACCCUGCCUUAAAUCUCUGGUAUUUAUUGGUAUUAUAUACGAUAUUGAAAUAUUAUUAUGUACAAAUUGGACCCGAGCAGGCUAUAGACAUCGGUCGCGGAGCAGCAUCAUCAAGUACAGAGCCACGGAUAGUUAAUGGACUUUUCUCGAGUGGAGGAUUUUGUUUCAUCUUAGUCCCAAGUGCAAUGAUUUGAGCUCGCAACCAGAACACAUUCCCGAAGUCAAAGUAACAGUUGUACCCUAUUUCCCCUCCCCGUCUCCAAGAAAUGAUAGACUUUCUUCUUGCUGUCACUCAUUGACUGAUUAGCAAGAAAGUGUUUCUGUCUUUGUCUGUUUGUGUAUUAGUUUUAAAACUUUGAAAAUCUGAAGGUUCUGAGCUCAGGUCAUAGCAUUUGAAUUCUGUCUGAAGUUAUUCUCAAAGGCCUACCAAUUCGAUUAUCUGCCUGAGUGUCCAUGCAGAAGUUGCAUUUCUAUGUAAAUGAAGCCACUGGAAAUGAAUUUUCUUUUGCAUCAUUUUCAACUUCUGUAUCAGCAAAUAAGACGAUGGUCGGGUCAUUACUACCGUAUGUAAAUAUUCUCCCUUUGCCUCUCUGGACGAUUCAAAUUAAAGUAACAUGAAAGUUUUCGUUGCUACGUGCGUGUGAGUGCUAUCAGUUGACUUUGAUAUUACUUUUUACAUCUACUUGAAUCGACAGGGACCUCAAAGUCGUGUCUCGGGUUAAUUAAUAACAGGCACGAGAUUCACAAUACACUUUCUAGGUGACUUUUCCAAUUGUUGUUUUCGUUGUAUGGGUAGCUACGCUAUUGUCCCUAAUCUGUGACAGUGUGAGCAUUAGAAUUAGAUAGGAAAAUAAAUGACCAGGUCAGCAACAUUUUGGUAUCAAGGUUUUUCCCCAAAUCUGUAACAGUGUGUGUGUGUGCAAUUCUUCAGAUAAAUAGAAAAGAAAAACUGACCAGAUCGGCCACUUUGCAAUGCUUGGUGAAAGCUUAAACGUAUAGCAAAUCUCUAAACGUCGUCGGGGGGCCGUUUCUUGUUUUAACUAUGCUAAACUGGUCCUUCGCUUGACAUGCAUCAUCUUGGCCCCGAGGCGGUUGUCACCUGUAAAAUUAGUUCGCUUUAGUGGCAGAGUCAAUCUGUUUUCAGUCGAGGUGCAAAUGACAUUUUAUACUAUUUUAGAUCGGACUUCUUAUCAUUUUGUUCUGUGUGACUAGGGGAGGUGUCUUUCUUUCCGCUAUGUUUUGUUUGGCAAAAAUCAACAUGUCACAAGAGGAUAUCGCAGUAAACUGUUGUGAGCCACCAUAGUCACUCUAAAAGAGUCAUGUUAAAACUGCAGUCGGUGUUAUAUUUCUCUUUUGCCUCGAAGACAUGUUGUUUAUUGCAUUAUUUACGUUUUCAUGUUGGCUAGAGCCUUUUGCAGACGGACGGAGAAAUAUAACACUGACUAUCGUUUUCUGUUUUCUAGCUGGCUGUUUACACAUCAAUAUGGCCAGUUCAUUAUCUUGCUUCAAAUUCCUUGGAAUUUAUCGAAUAGUGCAGUGGGCUUGCAAGUACUGACACUCCCUUAAUACUGAUUUUAGUUUAAAGUUUAAAGUUGCCCAUUGUAACCAUUUUCUGAUCAUUCCACCUAAUUUGAAGCGAAUCGAGGUCAUUUGUCAAAAGUAUUUCAUUUCCUUGUCCUUUUUGCAUCAAGUUUGUUGGAAUGUGCUGUGACCUCUGUAAAUGUAACUGUCGAACAUCCUCACCAGCAGGCCUUUUUAUCAUUUCUAAACUGCACUCAUUCUGUGACAAAUUUGUCAGUUUUGAGAUGCCUAUUCACUGAUAUUGUCAGGCGCCCAAUGUGGGGCGGCUUUCAAAUAUAUAUGACAUGCAUUAUUCAAUGAAAUCUUGUUGCAAAAAGGAAUUCUUUUCAUUUGUUGAGAAGUAGUUUUCCAUUUUUCAUGUUGUACAAAAGUCAAACUUUAACUGCUGCUUCUCUUAUGAAAUUCAUCGCUUAUGUAACUUUGAUUCUUGAUUCUGACUGUGUUAGAUUAUGUGACUUGUUUUUAUUAUCAUGAUUAUUGUACCAAACAACUUCUGCAGUUGAAAUAAAUAAUAGAUCGGUGUA